GCUGCUCUCCCUGGGCCCAUCGAGGUGACCAGGACCUUUGGGAGGUGAGGCUUUACCCGAAGAAUGAAGCUCUGACAAGGCAGCUGCAGGCCCUCGAGUCCCCACGCCUGGCCCGCUCUCCCGCUCUCCUGACGGAAAAGGGCCUGCGCCGCCAUGACUCUGGCCGAGGACCGAACCGAGCAGUACAUUCGCUUCCAUCUCAGUGACUUCUUCCGUAUCGACGUCCUGGAGAUCCUGUCCCACCUGCCCUGCCUCACCGUCGCUGACCAGGAUGAGAUCCGAGCCUUCCACGAGCGCCACGGCAACCGGCACAGCGUGUGGAAGCUCUUCGAGCACCUCCGGAAGCGCUCCAACUGGGUGACCUUCCUCAUCGCCGCCCUCAACGAGUGCGAGCUGGCCGAUCUGGCCCACGUCAUCGCCAGCGUCUACGCCGCCAACCAGCCCCGGUCCCGGAGCCAUCCUGUUCCACCCGGGGUCCCAGACAGAAACGCCCAGGCGUCCCCGAACACCCCGCCACCUCCUGGCCCCCCGGAGCCCCCCCCACCUGCACAGGCAGCCAGCCCUCUGCCCGACAGCCUCUACAAUGGUUACCCAGAAGAGGCGAGGAGUGAGGAGGCUAAGAGAGGCCCCGGAGUCCCCGUCCAGGACUCGCAGCAGGCUGGGUUCAAGACAGGGGGCUCAGGGGCAGCCCCGAAUCCUGCCCACUCUGGGGACACAUCCAGGAACCCCCGAAGCUCCCCUGGACACUCUCCUUCCUCAGCUCCUGUCCCUGCAGUGACGGGGAAACCCCCCAAGGCUCGUGGAGGAUCGGGGGACGGCCCCCCAGCUAGCAUCAAGGGUCCUCCCAGAGGCCCCCUCUCUCCUUCGGCCUCCUUCGUGCCUCGCUCCACGCAGAAGGCCGGCCCGCUGUCUGCGCCUCAGCCGCCCCCUCCAGCACCGGAGGACCCCGAGAAGCCGCCGGGCCUGCCCGCCACCAGGAUCCCCGGGCCUCCCAAGGUAACGUGGGCCUCCCUCCGCAGCGGGCCCCGGCCUCUCUUUUCCUUGCAGGCACCAUCUUCGGCCCCGAAGUUCCCCAGCUCUUCCCGGCCUGCUCCCUCCUCGAACCCUGGGCCGGCCCCGUUGGGGCUUCCCAGUGUGGAAGAGGACAUGAGCAAACCGGGGGUGCUUCUGUCAACGCCUGACCCCCCCUACUCUGGCGGCUCUGAGCGCCUUUUAUUCGACAGCUCUCUGAGCGGGGGGUCCCUCCACAGCCCCAGCUCAGAGAACACCCCUGAGGAGAACGACUACUUCUCCGUCACCAACAUGCCUUCCCUCGGGAAACCGGGGCCUGCUGGCUCCCCCAAACAGCCUGGGGGCUCCGAGAACCCCUCCCUGAGAACCUUUGAGCUCCAAGUUAGUGAGAGGCCUGGCGCGGACCUCCACGCAGGCCAUCCUGGAUCGGGUCCCACAUCCAGCGCCGCCGCAGCCUCGGCCAGCCCCGAGCCCAAGCCGGGGGGCUCCUGGGGCGUGUGGAUGGGCUCGGCCGUGGCCGCGGCGCUCUUCUCCAUGGCCUUGGCCUUCCUGUACAGGCGCAUCCAGAGAUAAGGAGCCUCCAAGGGGCCCAGCCAGGGUUGGGGAGAGGCCUCACACCACUAGAUGGUGUGCAGAGGCUUGGGGGGGUCUCGGACCCUCACCCCAGGCCGGGUGACUGAUGCCCGCGUGCCUGUUUUCUCAUCUGUCCUCGCUCAGUCGUGGCCAACUUCUGGGACCCUCCGUGGAGUUUUCUUGGCAAAGAUCCCGGAGUGGUUGGCCAUUUCCUUCUUGUUACAGAUGAGGAAACUGAGGCAGAUGGGCUUAGUGACUCGCCCAGGGCCACCCAGCUAGCAAGUGUCUGCAAUUAGUGCCUUAGAGCCCUGGGCCUAGAGAGCUCCCAGUGCAUCCCCGUCCUCACACUUUGUGCCUGGAGCUGGCCAAGGGGUCCGGCUGUUCCCUGGCCUCUGGACAGUGUCUGGCCAGUCAUGACGGCUCCAGAAGGGCCUGAAUGACCGACCUAGGAGGGAGAGAGAGAGAGAGAAGAGCCCCUGCGGGAGGCGAGCCCCCCAUCAGUGUGUGCUGCCCCCCUCAGCUCCUCGGCCCUCUUACUGAGUGACUGCCCCCGCCCCCCCCAGCUAGGUCUGCCAAAUGAGAACCCUUCAGGGACCCCUGCCUCCCGCCCUGUGCCUUCCCCUCCGCCAGGGGCUCUCCACGGCUGCCCCAGGCCCAGGCGAGCUCCCUCUGGGCUGCUGCUCAUCCCCCCAAGCUCCCCCCCAUCCCCUUCAGUCACCGCUUCAUUCCUCCUCCCCUCUGGCUCAUGCCCAUCUUCUCAGGCCACAGGUGGGGAGUGGGAGGUCUUGGGUUCCGAUGAGGCUCUGCCUUCUCAGGUCCUUAGACAGGCCACUUGCUGGGCCUCAGUUUCUUCAGCUGUCACACAAGGAUUAGCUGGGCUCCAGACGGGGCUCCCCCAUCCGUUCUAGACACCACCAACAGAUUAACACUCAACAGCUGCUGCCUGAGAGCCCGCACCUGUGCUGCUCUGUUGAGGGGGGGCCCCCCAUCUCUCCAGCAUUCAGGGCAGCCCCCCUCCGAGAGGGCCCCCCCCAUCUCUCCAGCCUCCCCCAGCAUUCAGGGCCCACUCGGUUUGUGCUUGUUACUUUGGCUCCCAGCAGCCCCGGGGGUGCCCUCGCUAGUGUCCCGUCCUCCUCCCAGGACCCCUGCUGGCACCUGUGACAAGGCCACCAUCCUGGGGAGAUCUCUGGAAGCGGGGGUUUCCGCCAGGACCCCCUGGAGCCGGCAAGCCAAGGCUGACAGGAAAGGCCGGUGGGCUGCGGGGAUCCCUGUGCAUUGCUUGUCGUAUCUACAAUAAAGCGGUUUGGAGACAUUGA